GCCGGCACCGGCGAUGGCCUCCGCCCUACUGGCCGGACAGGGCGGGGCGCGCCACCACGGCUGGGGGGAGACGCGCGCCCCACUCGCGCCCAUACCUCCCAACCCUAACCCCAGCCAGCCCCACCCGCGCGCCGACGGGUCCAAGUCCAAGCCGCGGGCGGCAGCCUCCUCGCCGGCGGCCGGAUACGUGACGUUCCGCCCGGCGUCCCUGGGCCCGCGCGAGGCCCGCGCGCUCCGGGACCGCCUCGCGGGGGAGCUCACCCAGGUGCGCGCCCUCCUCUCCCGCAUCGACACCUGGCAGCAGCAGGGCCCGCCGCCCGCGGGGCUCCGCGGCGAGGUGCGGAAGCGGUGCGGGCAGAUCCUCACCAGGCUGCGCAAGGACAAGCGGAGCGUGUGGUUCAACGCGCCCGUCGAGGUGGAGCGCCUCGGCCUCCACGACUACCACGCCGUCAUCAAGCGCCCCAUGGACCUCGGCACCGUCAAGGAGGGCCUCGCCGCCGGGAGGUACGCCUCGCACGACGACUUCGCGGCCGACGUCCGCCUCACCUUCACCAACGCGCUGCGGUACAACCCGGUCGGCCACGAGGUCCACACCUUCGCUGGCGCCCUCCUCGCCUACUUCGAGAGGAUGUACAAGGAGGCGCUCGCCUGCUUCGAGGAAGACUGCAAACGCCCUGAGCCGCCAAGGCCAGUGCCGCCUGAAUUGACACCUCCACCCGCAGCUGAGCCUGUUGAGGCCAAGGUUAAGCCGAGGGCAGGGAAUGUGAGGAUGCGGAAGCCCAAGGCCAGGGAGCCUAACAAGAGGGAGAUGAGCCUGGAGGAGAAGAACAUGCUCAGGGUGGGGCUGGAGAGUUUGCCCGAAGAGAAGAUGCAUAAUGUGCUACAGAUUGUGCGCAAGAGGAACAACAAUCCGGAGAUGCUGGGGGAUGAGAUCGAGCUUGAUAUUGAUGAGAUGGAUGUUGAGACACAGUGGGAGCUUGAUCGUUUCGUAGCUAACUUCAACAAAGCGCUCAAGAAAUCUCAGCGUGCUGUGGUGAUGAAUGGUGGCGCCGCUGAUGUAACCAGUGCUGCUGUGGCUGAGAAUGACACUGCACCUGUCAGCAAUGUGCUUACGUUGGUUGACAAUGAUGAUGUGGAGAGAGAGAAACCUGUGAGGAGCGCUACAAUGGCUGAGCAGGUGGAUGAGUAUGUUGAUAUUGGGGAUGAGAUGCCAACAGCCACUUACCAAUCCAUGGAAAUCGAGAAGGACGCUGAAGGUGCGACUGGCUCUCGUGGUUCUGGCAGUGGCUCUUCGUCGUCCAGUGGUUCUGAGUCGAGGAGCUCAGGGGACAGUGCCUCAGGAGCUGGCAAUGCUCAUUCUUUGGCUUAACACUAGGAUUUGAAAAUUUGGAUGAUCUGAGUUCUGUUGUUGGGUGAUUUACGUAGAGCUAGUGGUAAUUGUAAGUAUGUAGCUGUUUCUGAGACGUGGGUGUGCGUAGGCUUCGAUUACACAGUUAGUAGUAGAUAACAAACUGGCUUUGUGGGUGUCUGUUAGCACCAUGUGUAUGUAAGCUGGUGGUGGAAGGUAUUGGGGUGUUAAAAGUAGUUGAUCGACCUUCUGGUAUGGAGGGGGCCAGGGCUAGUGUUUGUGUUCUUUGUAGUACAAUUGUUCUGGUGCAGACCUCUUAUGUAAUUAAUGAUUUGUGCAUGACAUUAAAGUAUGGUUGUAUAAGU